GCUAGACAUUGAACUUUUCUUCCAAUCCCUUGUCGUUUGCUCGUCUCUGCGAUUGACUUGGUGUUCUUGUUCAAAAGCCAGUAGUAUUACUAAGACCAACGCUAGGUGGUGCACACAGAGACACGCACACGGAACUCUAAGUGGAUCUUGCUACACAUUUCUUUUUCCUGGGAAAGCAAGACUUUGUUAGAAAAGCAUGCAAUGCUGUAAUGUGUAGCAAAUUUUAGCAAACGUUUGAAUUUAAUAAAAUUAAAGCUUUGAUGUUUAUCGAUCGCUCUCUAACGUGGCAAUGUGGGGUAAUAGUGCAAUGGAUCAGUUUUUAUAUACGCUGCAACAGUAGAACCGGCUAUACUUAUAGGUGGAAUGAUUUAUAUACCCUUUUGUAUAUUUUUAUGUUCAAUGAUUGUAUUUUUCCAAUUUUUUUCCUCUCUCCCUUUAAUGAAACCACUCUUUUAUAACAACACUAAUCGUAGUAAGAAAAAGACUUGAAAAGCACAGUUGUAUGACUUUUAAGAAAUAUUAGCAUGGUUAGUGGAAAAGUAGCUGCACAUACUCGGAAACAGCAAAUGCACUAGGCUUCUGCGGCUAUGCAUUUCAAUAUUAGUGUGUUUUUUUACUCUUUACGAUCGAUCGACAAUCGUUGCAUUUAAACAAAGCCCAAAAAAAACAAUCAAUUUUUCGCACAGAGGAACUUAAGAUUCAACAAUAUCUUCCUGUAUGAUUUUUCGCCUUAAAGGUACAUUCAAAGGUACAAUACAUUCUGGUGUGAACUUUACUUCCCUGCACAAAACCCUUGAUUUGUAUUUCUUCUGACCUUUCCGUUUCGUUUCGUUGGUUCGAUUGUUCCAAAACCCCCAAAACCACCCCACGUGCUGUGUUCUACUGCACAAUUGACUACUUUACGUACGUGACUGUAUUGUGCAUUUUGUUCUCCCGUUUUGUGACCCCUUCGAGUUCUGCCUCUAAUCGCAACCUCUCCUCGGUACAAAGUAAACUGAAACAAACUCAACUUCCCUCCCGACAAGGACGAAACGCCACAAGGAUUCUUCGAGGAUCAUGGGCUCGGAUAGACGGCGGCCGGUGUCGGUGGAACAAGGCGUAUCCUUUCGCUAGCCAAAGCUCGCAACGAAUUAUAAUUUACCGUGCAGUAGUUUCGUUUUAUGUGCAAACAUUUCAUUUUUAGGCGAUAAUUCCAUCCUCUCGCGGAUUCGCGGUUUUAAACAAUUCUCCGUUUCCGUAGGGCGCCACGCAACACGCGUACUCGAUUUGUCCCGCACAACAUAUCAUAUAUUUUGUUUAACGUAACGUUUAACAUUUCGUUUACAUUUCGUACCUUUCGAACGAAAACAUCCUAAAAUCAAACGAUUUAUCCAACGGCAUUUUGUUGUAUUAUUAAUGAUUAAAAACGAUACGACACUUUCAUCAGACACCGUAACUACGCUGCGCUACCCAAACGAGCUUUCUCGAUGUAUGGAGUAAAACAAUGAGAGGAUGUGGAAUGAAUUCAUCGAUCCCCAUUCCCUUAAACUCUACUUGUACUUAAGCAUGUGUAAGAUACAUUCGUCAACAUUUCCAUCGGCAUUAUUAUUUAUCCUCUCACACAACGGGGGGACAGGGGGAUACAGUGGGAAAUGUGCAAUCUGCGCAGCUGCGUAUGAUCACACGUGCGUGCUUUUCCCUUACGCAUGCCAUGCCGAAUCACAGUUUACACAGUUUGCUUCGUAGACGGAACAGGUUUGCGCGGGAAUUGCUGUAAUUAUAGAGAGGAUCGCAUAAAGGAUCGCAAGAUCACGUUCAGUUGAUUGCGUAAGACCGACCUACCUACACAUACACAUAGCAUUUAUAGAUUGUAGAUUUAUGUCCGUUGACCAAGAUGUUUGUUUAACGUAAUAGUGAGAACAUAUUCCUCAUACGCACUACUUAUUGAACAAAAGAAAAAUAUGCGAUUUCUAAUAAAAUUAGAAGCUAGUUUAGGACGUAAAUGAUACGGUUCAUUACCUUGUGGCAUGGUUUGGCAUAUUGAGAAAUAUCUGGCGAAUAAAUGUAUGUCGUAAUGUCUUCUACUACAAUAUCACCCUUGUUUCAGCAUUCAUGGGAUAAAUAUGCUAAAAUGGAUAAAAAAUACGAUUAAAAGCUGUUUUUGGAAUAUAUGUCAUAUCAUUUGCAACAAGGCAAACAACAAAAAUAUAAAAAAAACUGGGGAAAGGGUCCGUAUCUUAAUUGCUAUAGUAUCAUAACAAAUCAACGAAUCGCUCUAGUUGAGCACAGUUGGAGGUGUAGUCAACGAUGACAUAUAUUAAUAAUAAUGAUGUCAAUGAUGACAUAAUUUAUAACAUAUAUUAAUAGAAGCUUACUGAAAGAAAAAGAAAUUAAAUUUUAGAUGAAAAUAUACAGCUUCUAAAUAAAAUCAACUUCAUUCAUCAUUAGACUCCAAAAGUAAAUAUCAAAGCCACUUAAAAAGUUAGAAUCUAAACACAGGAGAUGAAGCGAUGGUCUGGGCUCAUAAAAAUGCUUAAUAAUGUUUUAGGGACGAAUUUAAUUUAGAGUUUGAUUACUUCAUUUUUUCUGUUCCAAAAAUUGCUUAACAAAGUAUUUUUGGUGAAUGUCAUUUGUUCGUCCCGGGUCAUUCAUUCCAGGCAGAUAGUUAAGAUUGGUCAAUCAUAUAAAAUAAUACAUUUAAAAAAAUGAAAAUCUAUACAAUUUAAUUUACCGGUUGUUUUAUAAAGAUUUUACACUAUAAUUUGUCAUAGUGAAGUUUGUAGAAUUUCUUCCUCGAGCCAAGGAUCGAACCUUUGACAAAGUGCAUGGACAACUACCUCUGAUUUAUACACAGCAGAUAGUUUCUAUACCCACACACCUAAUUUUCGUGUCAUGACAAGAUUUUCAAUAUAUAUGAUAUCGGUCAGUACGGGGUGUUGUUUGUAGAUGGAAUUUUCGCACAUUUUUAAUUAUUUUUACUUUGCAUGUAUAGCUCUUGCUAUAAUUAAUGAACGUUAUCUUAACCGCUCAGUUUCUUUAACCGCAAAUGAAAGUUUUUGGCAUACAACCUUAUCACAAUUAUUCUGUCAAUAUUUUCUACCGAUAAGAGAAAUAAGAGCAGAAUUUCGGAAGAGUCAAUGUAAGAAAUGUAUGUUCUUAUGCUUAAAUCACAUUUUUGUAACGGUGUUCGUGUGGAUACUGUCGUUGGGUUGCUGAAAAAUCUACUUUCAUCUACAGUCAGUCCAAAAAGUAUUCGUCUAGCUGAAUAUUUAACAGAAAAAGGCGAAUUAAGGCCGCAAUACGUUUGGGGCGAUAAAAGUAAUGAUGAGGUUUUAUAAAGAGGCCAUCAAUGUCAUUCCAAGUUGGUACGUCAAACGGACAACACAGUUUUUUCAAAGCAAACGUUGAACGAGUGAUACAAAAAACGAUUUUGCAAAAUGGUGACGAAGGACAAUACCUUCAAAGUGGAUUUCAAUCCAAUGCCACAAAGACCGAGUCCGGGCUAUGUGAUACAAUUUAUUUUGGAGAAAAUUGGAGUAAAAAAGGAGAGUUUGCUAAAGGUGCAACUGAUGACGACAACGGCUAUUGCAGUGGUGCAAAUAAAAGAAUCGGGAGAGGCCAUAAAAAUAGUGGAUAACCACGAUGGCAAACACGCGGUGGACUACAAUGGGGAGAAAUAUUUCAUACCCAUAAAAAUGGAAGAUAACUCGACAAGAGUAAUAAUAAAAAACUGUACGGAUCAGAUAACUAACGAGGAGAUUAAAAAAGCCAUGAUGAAAUUUGGAGAAGUAAAGAAAGUCAUUGACUUUGUAUGGGAAGCGCCAUCCCCGAUAGCGGGAAUAAGAGAUGGUAACCGAGAGGUAACCAUCGUAAUAGAUACACCAAUACCAUCAUUCGUAUCUAUUAAAGGAGAAAAGGCGCAUGUACAAUACAAUGGACAGCAGAGAACGUGUAAGUACUGUGAACUCAACAUGCAUUUAGGCAUGACCUGUCUCCAGUACAAAAAAACGGUGACGAAUAACAACGAGGAUGAAGGUACGUAUGCCAAUAUGGUACGGAAGGAAGGGGUAAAGAGUUCGGUACAGAAUAGACUACAGUUAGAGAGAGCAGUGGAGGGAUUGAACUCAGGGGAAAAAAAACAAGAUAACACUUUGUUCAAAAAACCGGUUAACACAAUAAAAGAGCGACGAGUGUAUGAGAGCGUAGAAGAAGCUCCUAGCACUAGCAAAGCUAAUGCUCAGAAGCGCACAGGAAUAGUGGACAGCCACACUACAACAGAAACUGAGGAUGAAAGUUGCAUGGAAACAGAAACCGAAUUAAAAAAACUAAAAGGAAGACCCAAAAAAACAAAAACUCUGACACAGGAAACAAAACAAGACAAUAACACAAACUAAUAAACUAAACAAUAAAGAAAAAUUAAAUGAAAAUAAAAAUGGCGACGAUAAAUCAAAAGGAAAUUAGCCUAUUACAGACUAAUAUAACAAGUUUAAAACGAAAUAAAGAAGAAUUAGAGAGGAUGAUGAACGCAAACAAAAUUACUAUCGCGUGCAUUACCGAAACAUGGAUGAAAGAAGAGGAAGUUAAUAAAGUAAACGUAUCAAAUUACAAUUUAGUUACCAGCAACAGGGAAGAUGGAUAUGGAGGAUCAGCCAUAUACAUUAGAAAAAAUUUAGCAUACAAAGUUAUCAAACAUGACAUAAAAGAUAAAGAAGUUCAAAUUACAGAAAUAAAAUUAACCAGGGAAAAAAUAAAUAUAGUAAGUGUAUACAUGUCACCUCAAUUAAAAAUUAAUAGAUUCAGAGAAAAUGUUAGCAAAUUACUACACAACAGAUCAGGAAAUCAAAAAAAUAUAAUAACAGGAGAUUUAAACUGUCAUCACAAAAUAUGGGGGAACCCAACAAAUGACAGUAAAGGGAACUUUUUAUUAAAUGAAUUAAAUGACUCAAAUUUAUGCUUAUUACACAACAAGGAAAAAACACUAAUACCCACCGAUAGAAGCAAAAGAGAAACAGCUGUUGACCUUACUAUCAUAUCAGAAGAUAUAAUAGAUAAGUGCCAAAGAACAGUUACAGAACAUCAUAUGGGUGCAACAAACCACAAAACUAUAAUAACAAAAAUAAAUGAAAUAAUACAGGAACACACAGUAACAUACACAAAUAAAUCAAAAUUGUUCAAAGAAAUAGAAGCAAUCGAGGUAAAAGAAACCACGACAGCAUACCAGGUAACAAAACAAAUUAAAAAAUUAAUAAAAUCUAACAAAAUCACAUCGAAAAAAAACCAAAAAUAUACUGGAAUAUAGAAACAGAAAAAGCAUGGAAAAACAAAAAUGAACUUAGAAAAAUUUUCAACAAUGACAAAAGCACGGAAAAUAAAAUCAACAUGAAUAAAGGAAUAGCUGAAUUUAGAACGAAAAAAAGACUUAAUAAAAUAAAAAAAUUUGAGGACAAGCUAGAGGAAGUAGAUUUCAACAGAGAUCCAAUAAAACUGUAUGAAUUCUUACAAAAAAUGGAAGGGAAAUUCAAAAGUAAAACAAAAGCAGGAAACAUAAUAGAAACUGACAGGAAAGCAGCAAAAAUUUUCUUAGACAAACAUUUUUUUAAAAAUAAAAAAGGAAACAAGAAGCCUUAUAGAAACUUUAAACCUAACAAAGAUAUCAUAGAUAUACAUAAAUGGAAUCGCUUAUUAAAAAAGAAAAAAAACACAACACCAG